UCCUGGACAUCCGCCAAACCGGGCAAACUUUGUCCCGACCGUAGUAAACUUUGAUCGGGAGGCUGCUAGUGUGUAGUAAAGCCGAGAGCUGCUUCAUUUACCGCUGUUUUCACCCGGGAAACCGUGUUUCCGUUAGUUAGAGCUGGUCUGGAGGAAACGACCUGAAGAACCGACGUAACCAGCGACAUGGAAACUCUGCUCUGAGACUCUAGGAUACUCUGAUACUACAUUUAUCAGACCUGGAUGAUGAUUUUGAUGCGUCUCAGGUUUUAAUACAUACGGUACUCUGGAGAAAUCAACUGGCUCGUGCGGACCGAAAAUGGGCCCGCUAACUACACCUAAAAAGGGAGGGGAAGUGGUUGAUCCCUGGACUCCAACAUCUAACCUCAAAAUGCUGAUCAAUGCUGCUAGUCCUGAAAUCAGGAACAGGGAAAAGGAGCUGUGCAUGGACGGUGACGACAGGGACGGUCUUGAGCCCACACAGGACUCUGAAAAUGGAGAGGAGUCUGAGAAAAUGAUCAGCAGAAAGGACAAGAGCCUGGGGCUGCUCUGUCACAAGUUCCUCGCCCGGUACCCGGAUUACCCCAACGCAGCCCUCAGCGACAUCUGCCUGGAUGACGUGGCCACUGAGCUCAAUGUGGAGCGCCGGCGCAUCUACGACAUCAUGAACGUGCUGGAGAGCCUUCACAUGGUGAGCCGCUCGGCCAAGAACCGCUACGCCUGGCACGGCCGGACCAAGCUGGCCGAGACGCUGGCCAUCCUGAAGCAGGUGGGCGAGGAGCACAGGUACGGCCAGCAGAUGCUGCAGAUCCGCCAGCGUAUCCUGGACCGGGAGUUCGACUUCGACGGUGAGGAGAAGGAGAACGAGGUGGCGGCCGACGCGGAGAACGGGGAGCAAGGACAGAGAGAGCUCUUCUUUGUGGAGCUGCCUGGAGUCGAGUUCAAAGCCGCAUCUGUAAACAGCAGAAAAGACAAAUCUCUGCGCGUCAUGAGCCAGAAGUUCGUGAUGCUGUUCCUGGUGUCAAAUCCACGCGUGGUCAGUCUGGACGUGGCCGCCAAGAUCCUGAUCGGAGAGGACCAGGCUACAGAUCAAGACAAGAACAAGUUCAAGACCAAGGUGCGGCGGUUGUACGAUAUCGCUAAUGUGCUGCGGAGCCUGAAGCUCAUCGAGAAAGUCCACGUCACAGAGGAACGGGGGAGGAAACCAGCCUUUGAGUGGGUCGGCCCUGAAGGAUUCUCCCAAGCUGAAGAUUUGCCAAAAUCCACUAUCAAGCGCCUGUCCAAGAACAAGAGUGUGCUGGAGUCUCGUGCCUCUCUGGAAAACUGUGCCAAAAACCUCUUUUCCUCCCCCGGGACCAAACGGGGCUUCACCAGACACCCUUCCCUCAUAAAGCUCGCCAAGAGCAUUCAGGACGACCGGCGCAAGAUCAACUCUGCCCCCAGCAGCCCCGUCAGGUGUUUCCCAGGUGAUUCUUCCAGCACCGACUUUCCAAACAAGAUGGCUCAACUUGCUGCUAUUUGUAAAAUUGAACUUGACCAGGAGUCAGCACCCACGAUACACCCAGAGUGUACCGCUGCCGUGGGAGCUGACGCCGCCACUGAGAGUUUACAGCUACCCCCCUCUGCCCCCGCAGAGUUAUUGAAAGCACCAUUAUUAACACCAGAGCCUCUAGCCAACGCCGGGGUGCCCUCCACCCCCCAGACCCCUCUGACAGGGCAGCCCCCGGGCCCCGUCACCUACAUCCCUGCGCAGUGUCCAUCCGUCAUCCCCGUCUUGUUGCCCCAGCAACGCGGGAACGGGCCCUAUGCCAUCUACGUGCACCCCUCCUCCCUGCGGCCGCAGCCCACCAGCCUGGCCGUGCGCUCCAUGACCUUCGAGGAACAGAACGGCCAGAGUCCCACGGACCCGUCCGGGGCCAGGAGCCAGCUGGUGUCCAGGGCGUCUGAUGUCAGUCCUCUGGCGCUGAAGCGGCGGCAUCUGGACUCGGCUUCAGAGAGCAGCCCCUCCCACGCCAAGAGGUCCGACCCCCACUUUAAGGACUCGUCCCCGAAGCUGUGUGAGAUCCUGCAGGCCCGUCUGAAGGCCCGUCGGGGCCCUCAGCUCACCAGUCGGCCCUCGCCCCGCGCCCUCCACCUGGACCCUGAGUUUGUGAACACCCCCGGGGGGGCCGUGGCCACUCAGACCCUGGAGCAGAGCCUGGAGAACCUCCUGGACAGGGAAGACAAGACUCCCACCUCCGACGGCGAGGCGGGGCUCACGCCGGUCCGAGCCGUACCUCUCACCCCGGGACAGCUCCACACCGAGACUUUAGUACCAGCUGGAUACUUGAUCCCCAUCUCCCAGCAGUCCCUCAUCAGCUACAAGGAGGUUCAAGGUCUAGAGGGCAGCAAGGCCACAACGCCCACGUACAUCUACACAACACCAACCGCAGGCUCCAGGCCGAUACCGGUGCAGGAGAUGACCCCCACCAACCUGCGGUUCCACAAACCCGCCGUGGUGGCCUCGCCCCUCUCCGUCCAGCACUCCCACCGCCUGCACAGCCCCAGCCCGGCCAUCCUGAACUUCACCCUGCAGAACCUGGGCCUGAUCUCCAGCUCCGGCCCCGGGAACGCCUUCGCCACGCCGCAGACCCCAGACGGCGCCGGCGGCCUGCCCAGCCCCCUGAGUCUGCAGCAGAGGGGCAUGGUUUUCAUCAAGCCCGUGUCCCCGCUGCCGUUCCAGACGGCCAUGUCCGCACAGCCGUUGACGCUGAUCAGCGUUCAGCAGCCUCUAGUGGCCACCCCCAAAGGGCACGGACUCCCCCAGCACAGCUUCUUCCACACGCCCGUCUCCCUCUCGCCGCUGGCGUCCGUGGUAACCGCCGGUGGACACGCGGCCUCAAAAAACGUUUAUAUUCCUCAGAGAAAGCUGGACGUGGCCACGGAAGACUCCUGAGGGACGGCGUUGUGGGUGUCGGAGCUUCAGAGUGUCGCGUCACAUGAUUACCUCUAAACAUUUCCCAGCAUCCUCGCUGUGUUCGGCGCCCUCACAGCCAGCUCUGAAAGUAGCUGCUAUGCAGACGUGGGCUGUGUCCUUGUGGACAUCUGAAGAGGACAUUCAACAACAAGUUCUGAUACCCAUGAACACUAUUGUUAUGCUCUUUGUGAAAUAGAGAGAAAUUGAAUUUUUCAGGACUAAUUUGCAUCAAGUGAGAGUUUAUUUACUUUCUUUAUUAUUAUUUUGAUGAUCUGUGUGAUACAAAUUAAUUUUCUUCAAGUUAAUAUGAUCAGUAAAGUAAUGUGAUUUCUAUAGUAAAACUAAUAAGAUCACUUUUGCACAUAUGUAUAUGUUAACUAUUACUGUUUAAAUGGAAUUCUAAGAAUAU